UCUAAUCCUUUAUAAUCGUAGAAACCCUAGUCCAUCUUUCUCUGGCGGAAACCCUAGUUCCUGCAGCUCUGUGGAACUUCUCGAAAUGGGGGCGUACAAGUACGUUUCGGAGCUAUGGAGGAAGAAGCAGUCGGAUGUUAUGAGGUUUCUGCAGCGGGUGAGGUGCUGGGAGUACCGACAGCAACCCUCCAUUGUCCGUGUCACGAGACCUACUCGUCCUGACAAGGCUCGUCGUCUGGGAUACAAGGCUAAACAGGGGUUUGUGGUGUACCGAAUUCGGGUGAAACGUGGUGGAAGGAAGAGGCCAGUGCCGAAGGGUAUCGUGUAUGGUAAGCCCACAAACCAGGGUGUCACCCAACUUAAGUUCCAGCGGAGCAAGAGGUCUGUUGCUGAGGAGCGUGCUGGCCGGAAGCUGGGUGGUCUCAGAGUCCUCAACUCCUACUGGAUCAAUGAGGAUUCGACGUACAAGUACUAUGAGGUCAUUUUGGUAGACCCGGCCCACAAGGCGGUGAGGAAUGACCCGAGGAUGAACUGGAUAUGCAACCCGGUGCACAAACACCGUGAGCUUCGUGGGCUAACGUCAGAGGGAAAGAAGAACAGAGGACUCCGUGGAAAGGGGCACCUCUACCACAAGAACCGUCCCUCUCGCAGGGCCACCUGGAAGAGAAACAACACUCUCUCCCUCCGCCGUUACCGUUGAGGAUUUGCUUCUGUUUCGUAUCAGUCUUUUCCAUGGCAUUGGCUGGACGUCUCUGUUGUGUUUCAGGAAUUUUUGACAAUUUCGAGUAUUAUGUUUUUUCUUCUAUGCCUCCUUUUGAAUCUGAGAUACUUUAUUUAUCGUUUUUUGUUGUCGUAGUCUUUUGACGUCAUACUUUUCUUCUAAGAUGUUUAAUUUUUAUCGUUU